GCCCUUCCUCCUUUCAGAUGCCACCAGUCACCCAGCCAGGAGGAGGGGCUGGGAUUUUGCAGGGGAAGCAUCGACUUGCCAUAGUGCUGAAAUUGAGGAGUUUUUAAAAGCCUUGUUCUUUCUGAGAUAGGGUUAGCUUGCUCAACAGGUCUCUAGCACAGACGAAGAGAUGUCUGCACUGGGCCCUAAUUCACUCUUUGGGAUGGGGAAUCCCUUGCUGGACAUCUGUGCUGUGGUGGACAAAGACUUCCUGGACAAAUACACACUGAAGCCCAAUGACCAAAUCCUGGCAGAGGACAAGCACAAAAUGAUGUUUGAUGAGCUGGUGAAUAAGUUCAAAGCAGAGUACCACGCCGGGGGAGCCACACAAAACUCCAUCAAGGUCGCUCAGUGGAUGAUCCAGGAGCCUCAUAAUGUGGGCACCUUCUUUGGCUGCAUUGGCAAAGACAAGUUUGGAGAGAUCCUGAAGAAGAAAGCGGAGGAGGCUCAUAUUGAUGCCCACUACUACGUGCAAGAUGUGGAGCCCACGGGGACGUGCGCCGCGUGCAUCACUGGAGCGAACCGGUCACUGGUGGCUAACCUGGCUGCUGCUAACUGUUAUAAAAAGGAGAAACAUUUGGAUCUGGAGGAGAAUUGGAAGUUGGUGGAAAGUGCUAAAGUGUACUAUAUUGCUGGUUUCUUCCUCACCGUGUCUUUGGAGUCCAUGCUGAAAGUGGCCAAGCACGCGUCAGAAAACAACAAACUGUUCUGCCUCAACCUGUCUGCACCUUUCAUCUGCCAGUUCUUCAAGGACCACCUCAAGCAGGUCCUGCCCUAUGUGGACGUGCUCUUCGGCAAUGAGACGGAGGCAGCUGCGUUUGCUAAAGAGCAAGACUUUGAGACCAAAGACGUCAAGGAGAUUGCCAAGAAAGUGCAGGCACUUCCCAAAGUCAACACAAAGAGACACAGGAUUGUUGUCUUUACUCAGGGGAAGGAGGAAACUGUGAUGGCUCUCAGUGACAAAAUUGAGACUUUCCCAGUGUUGUUGAUUGAUCCCAAAGAUAUCGCUGACACAAACGGUGCCGGUGAUGCCUUUGUCGGAGGUUUCCUGUCUGAGCUGGUCCGAGACAAACCACUGAGCCAAUGCGUGAGGGCUGCUCACUACUCUGCCAACGUCAUCAUUAGAAGAUCAGGUUGCACUUUCCCAGAAAAGCCUGAUUUUGUCUGAAGAGGCCCUUUUUACCAGUACGAUUUUACACAACAUGUUUUUAGGCCUGUUCUAUACCUAUCGGUUAAUUUUCCUGAUUUCUUAUGAAUGGUCUGCUAUCUGCCUCCUAUGUGACUUAGUCUUUCCACGUGGUGGUGCUGCAGGUAUUUGGCCUCCAGUGAGUGAUUACCAGUAGCUGUGCAUCCAUGCACACAAAAUGUAUCCCAGCAAUUGAGCAUCCGUGGAUGUGCUCCAAAAAACACUUAGUGUCCACGUGACAUUUUGCAAUGCUCUCGUGCUACAACGGUGUCCAUUUCUGUCUAAAAAUCCGGUAUGUGAAUACGACAAGAUUGUCCACGGCCACUUGUCAUGAGGACUAUAAAGUAAAUUGUGUAUAUAAAACUUUUAAUUGUCUGCAGUCUUCUAAUUUGUGUUAGAUUGUUUUAAUACUUUCUAAUUGUCGUUUUAUGUAUGUGUCAUUAAUAAGAAUGACCACAUUUUAAAAACACAUUAUGCUGUUAAAGCGCCUUCCCAUCAAGUCCUGUGUCAAUAUAACUAAUGUUCAGCCUCCAUUAUGAGUGCCUUUCUUUCUUUGUCAUUGUUGCAAAGUUUAAAGACUUGAACCUGCUUUUGUCAUCAGAAUGUACAACUGGUACUGUUGAAAGGUUAAGACAUUUAAACAAGGCUUUUUGUGGGCAUAUUGGUGGUGGAGUACCUCAACACUCAGCUUUAACUUAGUCAAUGAAUACUUGUUUAUCGCGUUGCGAUAUAAUGCAAGCUUUUCUUUUGACCUUUUCUGUGUUUAAUUUGGUUGAAGUCAAUCUAUACUUGAAUACAGUCAUCCUUAAGAUGCAGAAUUUCUUUUUGCAAAGUCUUGAAUUUACAAUCCAUCAAAUCAUAUUCCUCUUGUUCACAAACCACAAAAGUCUUCAAGCGACUGUAAUGUCUGGAUGUUGCCAGACUGAUGCCAAACAAGGAUAAAUAAAACUAAAGGCUUAUGUAGUGAA